AACACCAAGGUCAUAUCUGUCUCUGUCUUAUUCGUUUUCUAAAUAAUUAAGCCGGUGUGCAUAUAAAAUGAAUGUUUGUCAACUAACAUCGAGCAGAAUCAUUUGCAGUUCAUUGAGUCAGUUUAUUAAGAGAACACUGAGAACAACAGCAGCACUCAACAUGCCUGCAAAGGUCGGAGACUCCCUCCCCAACGUGGACCUCUUUGAAGACCUCCCAACCAACAAAGUCAACUUAGCCCAACAGGCAGCUGGUAAAAAAAUAAUCGUUUUUGCAGUCCCUGGUGCUUUUACUCCAGGUUGUUCGAAAACUCACCUACCCGGUUAUGUACAAAAAGCUGACGAGUUGAAGAGUCAAGGGGUCAGCGAGAUAUUCUGCGUUUCUGUAAACGACCCAUUUGUUAUGGCAGCUUGGGCCAAGGACCAAAAAACAACCGGAAAGAUUCGACUUUUGGCUGACCCUUCAGCUGCUUUUACUAAAGCUCUAGAUUUGACUGUUGAUAUUGCCCCUCUUGGGGGAACUAGGAGCAAGAGGUACUCCAUGGUGGUUGACAACGGGAAAAUUACGUCGCUUCAGGUUGAGCCUGACGGGACUGGGCUGACCUGCUCUUUAGCUAACGCCAUCAAGUUGUAAAAUAACAUUCAAGAGUAAUUUCUGUUUGUAAUGUUGCAUGAUUUUAUUUUAUGGAUAGGGACUUUGCAUAACUUUUUUAAGAAAUGAUAUUUUUUCAUAGAAAUGAUAUUUCUGUUAAGUGCAAAAGUUCACUUGGUUCCUACUUUAAAAAAUUAAAAAUUGUUAGUGUAAGCAAUAAUUUCAAGGCUCGUCACAAUGACCAAAUAAUAUUCACUGGAUAUUUUAUAAAUAGGUUUAUUAAUUAUAUAGUACUAGUAAUAUAAUUAUCAUAAACCGUUAUAAGAAACUAUUGAGCAAUUAUUUCUUCCUUCUAUGUAUUAAGUUCCUAAAAAAUAAUUUUAUAAAAUUGAGUGCAAGGAAAAUUUUCUUGCAAUUCAUUUGUUAAGUAUCGAUAAGUUUUAAUUAUGCAAAUCGUAUUGAUUGGUUCUGCAAUUUCUACAACUGACUGACCUCAGUUUAAACCAUGAUACGAAUAUUACUAAAUAAAUAAUUAAGAAAGAUUCUCUUGUAUUUAACAGGAAUAUUAAAUUCAGUAGAAUAUUGAUUAAAUAAGUAAUGCUGAAUUAUUUAACCAUCCAAAUGCGGAUCUUUGUCAUUUAUAUUACAACAGUUAUUACAUAUUCAAUAAAUUAUUUAAAAUACAAAUAAUAUAAACACGUCGCACAAU